GUACCUGAGACGCAAACUGCCUUUAGUCCGAAUGUAUACACGCCAGGGGAGCACGCGCCUUUUACGCCAGGAGGCGGGUUGAAAAACCUGAAUAACUACAUGGAUGCUCCUUCUGCUGGUAAAGACACCAGCGGUCGUGGUGGAAAAUCGAAAGAAAUCUAUGGUCUUGAGGGAUCAAUAUUAUUGAGGAUCGAUAUGAUCUUGAGUUGAUCGAUAUGAUCUUCGAAAGUGAUGUUCGUUGAAAAGAAGAUGCUCCUUGUACUAGUUAUUUCUAGAUGGAGGAGACGCUUGAGGAGAGAUGUGUUCUUUGUCGCUAGCUGCUCUAAAGACGCGGGCCGGCUGAAGAUAGAGGAGCAGCUUUUUCACCGCAUACGGAGGCAGACGGAUCAGGAGUGGGUCAGCCAUCGAGGGAAACAUUAGCUAGCCUGUCUCAUGUUGAGAUACCAGCUUUUCAUCUUAGGAAUUGCGCCAAUUUCAGCGAGUUGUGUGAGCGACGAGGCCAUGAAGAGGUCGUGUUGAAGGAUAGCAACAAAUCAAGACCGUAGCCUUUUUCAUUUGAUGGCAUAUCUAGCCUGUACGCUCACUCCGUCACAAGUGAGCCCACUCCUAUCCUAUCCUUUGUUGAGAUGGCACGAUCGAUUAUCAGUCUAUUUUACUAAAAUAGACUGUAAUUAGACUUAGUUAGAAGUUGUACAAGAGGACUCUAAUUUUCGCCGCGGGCAGGAAGCGCAAGGAGGCGCCACGCUUCUCGAGGAAGAGGAGGCACUCCAGCAUGAAGACGGGGAAGAUAAUCCAUUGGAAGAAGAGGAGCCACAAUUACUCGGCGAUACGUGCGCUAUCGCUUAUGCCGGUCAGCGAAUGGUCACACCACUUUAAGGAUAGUUGUUUUCUUUCACCUUCUCGUAGCAAGCUCGUGCCGUAUGAGGUAUCUAUCUCGUCCCAGAGUAGGUUUUCCGUAUAGUGAUCAAGGGUGAACGUGAACCUACUACUCUAUUACUUAUCGAAAAAGUGUUUGUGUUUGAAUAAUUAUUAUGAGAAUCAAUUAUCUCCACACCAAGAGAAGCAGAAGAGAUUCACGUGACUACGGAGUAUGUUAGUAUGAUGAUGCGAAACUUCCACCGCAUUCACACAGCCCCUACGGACGAUGUCUCAUGAUCCAACACUACAACUUGUGCCGCUAACUAUUACGUGUAAUUCUGGCGCAUCGGCAUUUCCCAUCUGAUUUCCGUUUCUGGGAAGCAGAUACGAGGACCCUAGACGAAUGGCUAUUUUUGGACGGCUACAGAUCCCACUGCUUGAGUUAAGGACACAGCAAGUUCUUCUAGAGGGAGUAGAACAGACACACGGGGAAGGCUCAGGCUUCUACAGGGACUCGAUGAAUACAAUUAUGUCAGAAACACUCACUCGUCAGGGUACCGUUUCGCGACACUGUUGUACCUAGCGGGAUCUACUUCUACUUCAACGGUUUCUACCUCGCUCAAGCCAGGACCUUCAUCUAAUUAUGGGAGCUUCGAUUAAGGCUCAAGCUCAACUUUCAAUGGUCAUUGGGGUUGGUCACUGAGAUCGAAGGGGUUGGUCACUUGAGAACACAGGGGAAAACACAGGGAGAACAAGUAGAGGGGUAAAGGGCCCUUUUCUUUCAGCAUCAGUGACCAAUGAAUGCUGAGCUUUAAUUCGACAUCCAGUUUUGUUUUUCUACUUUGUCGCGGUGAUGCUGACAUGCCCUAGCCCCCUCAGUCUGCAUGGGGGCAACGAUGCUGACGAAACUUGUAGCACCUCUUCAGAGGGUGCACCUUCAGAAGGUGGGCAACUUGCAGAAGAUGCCGGUUCAAUAGCGGACGUACUAAAUGAUGGACAACAAGAAGACGGGAAUGAAGGAGCUCUUUUAUGGCAAAAAGGAACUAAACGUAGUUCUAGUAGUAGAACUAGCAGCUCUUCUACUAGGAGAACUAAGAGUAACAACAGCGUUCCUUGCAGAACUAGCAGCUCUACUGCUAAGACUAGCAGCGAUAAUAUGUUCGACUUUCAGAAGAUCUUUUAUUUCAUUAUAGAGUAGUUACCACUUUCAGCACUCUGAGUGAGUGCUAGUACAUCAACUAAGUUUCCUCCUUCUCCAAGGGUCUUAGAAUUAUAAAUAUGAACAAAUUCUAAGUACGGAGGAUGGGGAUGACGAUUUCUACUGGUCUGAGGAAGCUGAUGCUGCGCUUGCGAAGCUCGAAAUGCUACUAGACUUAAGGCAAGCAACAUGAAUAUAAUCACUUCUGAUGGACUUUCCACUUUUUUCUAGUUCUAGACGGGACUGGGAACAAAAGCUUCGCUUUCUUCUCCAGUGCUUGGUCUUUUUCCAGUGAAUACAUCUUUCUCUAAUUUGUAAGGGGAGAGGUUUCUUCUUUCCUCCCACGCAGGAUGGUGGAUCGAAUAGCGUACUAGAUGAGCUCGAUCACGAGCACGGUCCCUCUGGCAGGAACGACGAAUAUAGGUCCACACGGACCUCCAAUCAGGUGUCUCGACUCCCAUCGAGCAAGAGCCCAAUAGGCCAGGCAGGCGGAGGGAUCUUUGCGUAUUGCCGUACAAGCCGCGAAAGCUCUAGUUCCUCAGUCGGAAAAUUGAUCCACAGGAUGGGCUCACAGGUGUCCUCACGAGUGAGUCGACUGUCCUCUCGACUCAGUCAAUUUAUGAGCAAUGGAAAAGUAGAUCAUCUUUAACACUUUAAAUCCGUAGUUUUCCUUGGCGUCGUGGUUUACUUGUUCUGAUUGUGAUGUACAACUAUCUAGGGUUCAAUGGGCAUGUGGUAACGUGUCGUUCGAUUUCUGCACUGUAGAAUGCAAAGCUCUUUGCUGUAGGUGGAAGUUGUCACAUAAAAGAGAAGUUGAAGAUGUCGGAUCCAUUUGUUAUUCAUCUAACAUUUUCAGUGCGGGAAUGAGGUCGUCGACGGCAUCAAAGAGCAGCGUUUUUCGCUCUUCUUCUGCCUUACUUGAAGAUUAAGGCUAUAUCUAAUCGGAUAAUGCCAUAUUUGUUUCUCGAAAAGGCAGGUGCAACUACAGAAGUUCUGUCAAUCCAGAGGUUCCCUCUUGCUUGACAAGAUCGAGGUUCAAGAUAACACAUGAAAACCGAAUUGAAUCAUUUGCAUGUUGGUCAGGGUCGUUAACGAAAGCAUCUAACAGGCGGAGGUCGUUGAGGGUCAUCCACAAGAAACCCCUUUCGCCAGUCGUGGGCCACGAUGGUCUUCUGCGACGUCUAGUGACCCACUAACAACCGAAAACGAGCAGCAGGCGCGUUUCUCCAAGCAGAACAAUUCUUUAAGACUCUACUACAUCAACAUCUCAGAGAUUUUCUUUUUAAAAAACUCUACGACAUCAAAGGUUGGAUGAAAAACUGGGCUGCAUUUCUUGCUGCCAGCUGCUGCUUCCAACCCCGCUUGCCUCCCACUGCCUGAGAAUUUCACUCGCUAGUUAACUAGCUAAACUUUAGAGUAGCUAAAAUAUAUUCUUCGGGUUUUAGAAUAUGAAUACGCUUUUUGGUUCCAUACAGGAUUGGCGGGGAGGGGGACUCACAUGAUUUUUUUGACGAUCAAAGAAAGACUAGCAGCUCUAAGGUUGGAUGAAAAACUGGGCACUUGCUGCAGUUCGUCUUCUCAUGGAUGCGGAGACGCAGGUGAAACAUUGAGAGGAGGACAAAGUGAGCAGCCGUUUAAGUUACUUUUGAAAAAAUUUAAAGUAUGAUUUAGAUUUUGGAUUUUGCAGAUAAAGAGCAGAAUAAGGUGAAAUUCUCCCUGUAUCUUCUCACACAGGCCUUUUUUAACAAUGCCAAGAACAAGUACAGCACAACUUUGAAAUACUGUCAGAUCUCGUCUCUACGGUCAUCACGAACGAUGAUAACAGAGACCACAGCAUGCUUAACACACAACAGCUUGGUUUCUAUCAGCUCCUUUAAUGGCUCUCUGCGAGUCGGAGUUAUGCGAAAUUGGCCGUAUGUUUUUGCUGGUGGAGAUUCUGCGACACAGUUUUCGAGACCAAAUCGAUUUUCCUUGUGACUCCUCGGGUGGUGCGGAAUAUUAAGGGGAGUUUUUCACUAUCCCAUGUGGACUAUCCGCCCAUGUGGGCGCUUCCCUUGAUUUCAAGGGAAAAUAUGGGGCGGGGCGAGGGGCACCUUAUUUUUGACUCGGUAUAUUAGUGAAAAACUACCGCUAAGAAUACGUGGAUGCUAUGGUUACGCCCCCUCGGCGUCUGCGCUACAGGCCGAACCGCAAGGCUGAUUUUAUUCUUCACAGAAGAUCCUUAUGAAGACCCGAAUGAUCAACUACUUAUGUAUUUGAAGUACGAGAAGGAGAAACUUUAACUUUUACAACCUAGACUACCUGGUUUAUUUCUAAUGUGAAGUCCAUCUUCUACUUCCAGGCCUGUUCUGGCUGCUCCUGGUGACGCGCAGACUCGAAGAUUCCGCAAGCGUUUCUACAAUAAUUUCUACUGUAGUAAGCAGCCAGACUGGCGGCCGGUUUUCCUACAUCAUUACGUCUUCGGUGGAGACGAAAUCGCCUCUAUUUUCUCACCGGCUAAUCCUCUAUGUAAUCGGAUGAACGACAAAGCGGCCUUGUCGUGCACUAUAGAGCAGGAAGUAAAGGACUACAGCAAAAUUGAAGCAGGGGAACACGAUGGUGUUCGAGAAGACGUCAGUGAAAUACAUCAUGGCAAUUCCUCAUCAAGAUCUUCAACAGAUUGUAGUACUGUGGCUGUGGGGGUGACAGCCGGUGGAAGUGGUUGCACUAAUGCUGUAGGGUCCCCAGCCAGUGGCUUCGUUGCCUCAUCUUCGACUGAAUUACAGUCCACCUCGAACCGCGCGCAACGUCUAGCCUACCCAGUUUUUUUUCCUGACGUGGAGCCUCUACGCAAGGCCUUGCUGUGGCGCUACCUCACUGCUGAAAGAGUGCUUUCCCUCGACGCUUUUCCUUUCGCCAGUCUUGCCUCAUCCUUUCGAAUGGCCCAGAUCAACCUCCGGUUUCGUGUACCUCGCGACCCCUUCGCCUGUGACGAAAGUCUGCUCACUGAGAGUGCAGAUUUCUUAUGACAAAAACUUAAACUUUGUUCUAAGAGUAAAAAGUAGGAUUAGGAGCAACCAUUUUUUAUAAAUAAAAAUCAUGCGUAAUAAAUUGUCCUAGGUGCUGGAAAGGAUAACUGUAAGCAAUGCAAGAACUGUUGAGCACCAUCCAUUGAUGUCUAACUCUUGACGGGCCCAGACCUCUCGGUAUUGUCGGGAGAGUUCUUGGUGUCUCUCCAGAUUGGUGGCUCGAUGACAUCAGCUUAAGGCAGUACUUGUAGUACGAGGCGAAGUGCAAAAAGAAGUAGUAGUGAAGUAGUCUUCUAUCCCCUUGGAGUGGGUACAUUCAUUCACUCAUUUAUAUUGUAGGGAUGAGUCAGGAUUGUGUAAAGCGGAGCUCCAAGGUUGCUCCUGCAGUCUAAUAAGCGUAUUAUUGGCGUCCGACGGGUCCUCGGAAACGGAAUCCCAGUUGGAAUCGUCAGCCGCUACAGGUAUGAAAAGAUGACGUAGAUCAAUCAAAUCAAUGAACCAGAAGGAGCAGUCCCUCUGAGGCUAAGUACGCACGUCCGCUCGAGUAUGCAGGUACAACUGUGGACGGCGGAUCAAUUUUCUAUCGUAUCCAUCAAAGACUUAAUACGUGGAGAAAAGUAGGCAUAUUAUAGAAUAACAAGCCAAUUAUCAUUGAAGCCAGGCACAAGAAACAUUACAGACAAAGAAGGCAAAGUAUAACUAUAGAUGGAAGGUAAGUUUCCUGCGACGGCGAAGUUGAAGCGCCAUGAGCUAUCCUAUCAUAAAUUCUGUACUUCUCAAUCUGAAUCAUUAUAAUGUAGUACGUGAGGAGCAACCUCUAAUAUUAGAACCAAAAGUAGUACUUAGACCGGCAACUCUACGACCUGCCCCUCACCUACAUGCUGUUACUUGAUCAGGGACGAACUUGGACUACUGUUAUACCUUCAUCGUUGUCCCUCUCCCUCCUGAACUACCACUAUCUUUUAUCCUUGGUCAGUCUAGAAAAGAUUGAUUUUGAUACAACUUAUUUCAUCUAGACAACAACUUCGUGCUCUAUGAAAAGAUUAUAAUACAACUUUUAUCCACGAUUUCGUGCUUGUUUAGCAGCUUGAAAUACCUUCCAUUUUUAUCAUCUUCUUCCGAAAGAACACAGCCGAGGCACAGCGAGUUGUAGAUGUGAUGAAUUACAACUACAGAGUGUGAGUGACUAGUUCCUAUUCUUUAUUCACCAGUUGCCGGGUUCUUCACUACGACUACCACCUACGCUACUGUGAACAGCUGAGUAGAAGUUGACACAAGUAGAACGAUGAAGAUGACGACCUGUACUGUUAGCGGCUUGAUGGCCUUGGUCAUGUUCAACAUCAGAGCUUAUCUCUACGGGUAGUUGUGUUUUUGCCUCUUCAAUAGCCACUGCAGUCUGCUGGUUUACUUAGUAGACCCACAGCACCUACCUACCUAACCUAACAGCAUCAUCAGAGAUAAGUACACGCACGACAUCACGAUCACGGUCUUCUAAUUUUCCGAAGUGCUCGAAGUGGGACUUUGUAGCCAUCUUGACGGGAAUUCCACGUUUUCGACGCGAAUUUUACGGAACGGACCUUGUUGAUCCUCAUCUGGCGGCAAUUUUUCACGUUAUUGCAGGGGACGGAAGACCAUUAAGGGUAGGCUAAAGGCGUUCACGUUGCCGUUUGUUUUGCAGCUCUUAAGGGAGAGAGGCAUAACAAACGCGGGAAGCGAGCACCAAAAGCCUAUCUCUAAGACCACCACCAACAGGAACAGCCAGCAAAUCGACGGUCGGGAAUGCCGACAACGCUGAGGCUGAUGAUGCGGCAAGCCUGCAUGACCGGGACAACGCUGAUCACGCAAGCUCAAGCCUCCUUCACGAAGUCACGCGCCCUAAGGAUGACCAUGAGGGUGGUCACUCCGGUCUUCAUGAAGUCACGAGCCCGAAAGAUGACGACGGUGCCAAAGAGCUCCGAUUAAGGCGAUUCUUGCGUAGUAGUGAAGCACUCGUGCGUCAUGCGUAAUACAUAGUGACUCACUCGUCAUCCAUGAUAAUGACUCACGACUCUUGCAUCUUGUCGAUAGCCCACUGAUAGUCGUUUUUGUGUCAACAUUAACGGGUCGUUUUCCUCUUGGAAUCUGGUCUCAAAAACUUGUCUAAUGUGCCAGAUCUUGGCAGAAUACACAGACCUCGAUCUUCCAAACUUUAAGGCCCUUAUUUUCGAUGAAAUUUUUAUGUCAAGCAUAUGGAGAAAUAACUCAACCAUGGUUCCGAUGAAGUUUUUACCUCAAGGAAGCAUAUGGAGAAUGAAGGGACGCAAUUAUUAUUCAGCCACUGACACUGAACAAACUAGAACUGAUAAUAUGCAGCAUCAAUGUUACAAGUGCUACAGUGUAAUCUCAAGCAUAUCCAUAAAUGUGAAUAACAACUGAAAGGGAGCGGGUCUUCAGCAUGCAAAGAAGUUUGAAUCUAAGAAUACUUCCACCUCGUGCAGCACUGGAAAAGAGACAUUUUCGGAGAAAUUCACGACGCACACACUGCAUCGGUUGGUAGGCGCUGCAGGCGAAGAAACUGGUCACGUCGCGCGCAAACUAAGGACGCGAGUUCGACGAAUGAUAUUUCUGCGUCACCAUUAAGACAAAGUCUGUCACGAUUUUCUUACCGCAAUGAUUAUAGGGAGCAUCUGAUACCUAAUAUGAUCAGAGUCUCAUAGUCAAUUUUCAUUUUGACCAUGUACACGUAGAUUCUGGUGCUAUAACCAUAUCUAAUAGUCUCAUAUGGCUUUGGGCUCGCCAACUAUCCUGAACGCCGACUUCUCGUCGCUCCUCGCGCACGGUCGGUACCAAGACUGCAGGCUGCUUCUCGAGUUGACGUCAGGACCAGAGUAGCGUAUAAUAUAAGGGAGAAGCAGAUGUACUCACACUGUCACGAGCCAGUUCUUGCUUUGUGAAAGACAGAGAACAAGGUAGUAGGCCAGUAGUUGAGCUUGAAAAAGUUAAUAGGAGCAUGGUGCUUGUCAAGCUACUAAAAUGAAUUUUUGAACAAGGUUGAUGUAGUAGAGUUGCCGAUACUUAUACCACAUGAUUGAUCUUGAUCUAAAAGUUAGUACUAGGGUAGAUGAUACAUGAAAGGUACUAGAAGGCACACUUUCGCUCCUGAUAAGAAAGACGAAAUCAGACAUUUAUCCUAUCACAGGAGAACAGGAAGUCUAUUUUUUUUGCGUUUUCCAGUUUUUUGCUUCUUCUUGUCGACAGCCGUCUUAGGUGGUAGUAAUUAUGUUUAUGAUCUACUCAUGGAUUUCAUUGACAAUGAUGAUAUUUCUAGCUAGCCAGUGUUAGACUUUAUGAGAGCCAAGAUGAUAUUUCUAGUGAGCCAGUUGCGUUAAUGGAAGCCAAGAAAGGUCCUUCCUAUAAUGUUGGCACAUGCAAGAACCGCAAACGACCGGUAAACUUUGUGUAAUCGCUCGAUAGCAAAGAUGGCUGUAGAUAAGACAGAGGACGCAGCAAUGUUGCAUUUGCGUUUUCGACAGCGUGCGUCGAUCAGUAUAAUUUAGUUCGGAGGAUACCUUUGAGUGCUUUUAUAAUAAAGAAUAUGCUGACUCGAUGUCUCUACGGAUGUUGAGAGCAGCACCAUGAGAGAUUCACACAUGACAAGUACGUGGAAUCAGGAGAAGGGGUCGCAAAAAAUUGGCUCGUAGAAACGAGACCACCGUCAUAAUGGAUCUUUUUAGAAGUCUACUUUC